AUGCUUAGAAGAUUUUGUUCGGGUUGUACGAUCUUACGUCAGAUUCUUCGACUUGGGUACCGAAAAAGCACAACAUACAGUCGAGGGUCAAGCGAGUCUAAGCGACGAGCGUUACUUGUUUCUUAUAUUGACUCUUAUUUUAAUCAAAAUAUUCUACUUUAUCGAACGAUCAGCUAUUUUGGUUGUGAAAAUAUCGAUGCAUUAACAUGGAUUCAGGUUAUGCAAUGUGUUGAUAUCUUAAAAAUAAAAGGUUUAAAUGAAGACUGUUUAUUUGAUGAAUUUACGAAGAUAAAAUCAACAUUUAAAACAUUGUUAAGUCAACGUAAAUCAAUUUUCGAUCAAGUUCAAGCAUUUAUUAACAAUCAAAAUGAUAUUACGGCAGCAAACAAAUGCAGUGACGAAAGCGAAGAUGAUAAUGAUUCAACAAUAAAUAAAGUGAUCAGAUUCGACCAGCUAUGGAUGUUUAUAUUCUCUUUGACCCCAUCAUCAAAUUUUUAA